AAAGUUUUACAAGGCGCGGAGGCUUAUGGGAGAUCUAUGGCUGUCCAAUGAGCGUUGAGUUGAACAAGAGCCGGGAGUAAUGUGUGUUGAAUGGUUGGUUGUGAAAACCGAAAGAAGGCGCCAGUAAAUGAGGUCUAAACGAUCAAAAUAACUACAUUUGGAUCACAAUACCGAAUCUUCACACAUCGUACAAAACCUUGAGUCAGGUGCACGCUAUGGACGCGGAGGGGUUCGGAGAGCUGCUGCAGCAGGCAGAGCAGCUCGCGGCGGAGACCGAGGCAAUCUCUGAGCUGCCUCAUGUGGAAAGAAACCUACAGGAGAUCCAGCAAGCUGGCGAGAGGCUGCGCUCCCGCACCCUCACCCGCACGUCACAAGACACUGCUGACGUCAAAGCGUCCAUCCUGCUGGGUUCGAGGGGCCUGGACAUCUUCCACAUCUCCCAGCGUCUGGAGAGCCUGAGCGCGGCCACCACCUUCGAGCCGCUGGAGCCGGUCAAGGACACGGACAUUCAGGGUUUUCUGAAGAACGAGAGGGACAAUGCGCUUUUGUCGACCAUCGAGGAGUCACGACGCAGGACCUUCCUGCUGGCGGAGGAGUACCACAGGGAGUCCAUGCUGGUGCAGUGGGAGCAGCUGAAGCAGCGGGUGCUCCACACCCUCCUGGGGGCGGGGGAGGACGCCCUGGACUUCACCCAGGAUGUGGAGCCCAGCUUCGUGAGCGACGUCGGGGCGCCAGGACGCAGCGCGCUGGACAGCGUGGAGGUGGCCUAUGGACGGCAGAUCUACGUUUUCAACGAGAAGAUCGUGAACGGGCACGUGCAGCCCAACCUGGGGGACCUGUGCGCCUCUGUGGCCGACAGCCUGGAUGACAAGAACGUGUCGGAGAUGUGGCUGAUGGUGAGGCAGAUGACCGACGUGCUGCUGGUCCCGGCCAAGGACUCCCUGAAGAGCCGCGUGGCCGUCAACAUGCAGAUGGCCUUCGUCCGGCAGGCCCUGCAGUUCCUGGAGAACAGCUACAAGAACUACACCAUGGUGACCGUGUUUGGGAACCUGCACCAGGCCCAGCUGGGCGGGGUCCCGGGGACCUUGCAGCUGGUAAACAGCUUCCUCAACAUCAAACUGCCAGGACCGCUCCCAGGCAUGCAGGACGGAGAGGUGGAGGGCCACCCGGUCUGGGCUCUGGUCUAUUACUGCCUGCGUUGUGGGGACCUGUCGGCCGCCAUGCAGGUGGUGAACCGGGCCCAGCACCAGAUCGGCGAGUUCAAGAACUGGUUCCAGGAGUACAUGAACAGCCCCGACAGACGUUUGGCUCCCGCCACGGAGAACAAGCUCCGCCUCCAUUACCGCCGCGUCCUGCGGAACAGCGCCGACCCCUACAAGCGCGCGGUCUACUGCCUCAUCGGCAAGUGCGACAUCGCCGACAACCACGGGGAGGUCGCCGACAAGACGGAGGACUACCUGUGGCUCAAGCUGAACCAGGUGUGCUUCGAGGACGACAGCAACAGCGCCCCCCAGGACAGGCUGACCCUGGCGCAGCUUCAGAAGCAGCUGCUGGAAGACUACGGAGAGUCGCACUUCUCAGCCAGCCAGCAGCCCUUCCUGUACUUCCAGGUGCUGUUCCUGACUGCGCAGUUCGAGGCGGCCGUGGCCUUCCUGUUCCGGGUGGAGCGUCUGCGCAGUCACGCCGUGCACGUGGCGCUCGUCCUGUACGAGCUGCGCCUGCUGCUCAAGUCAUCGGGCCAGAGCGCGCAGAUGCUGAGCCAGGAGUCCGGGGACCCCCCCAUGGUGCGACGCCUCAACUUCAUCCGGCUGCUCAUGCUCUACACCCGCAAGUUCGAGUCCACCGACCCGCGCGAGGCGCUCCAGUACUUCUACUUCCUGCGGAAUGAGAAGGACAGUCAGGGGGAGAACAUGUUCAUGCGCUGCGUCAGCGAGCUGGUCAUCGAGAGCCGAGAGUUCGACAUGCUCCUGGGCCGCCUGGAGAAAGACGGAAGCAGGAAGCCCGGAGCCAUCGACAAGUUCGCCGGGGACACGAGGGCCAUCAUCAGCAAGGUGGCACUGGAGGCCGAGAACAAGGGCCUGUUCGAGGAGGCCGUCAAGCUGUACGAGCUGGCCAAGAACCCAGACAAGGUUCUGGAGCUGAUGAACAGGCUGCUGAGUCCGGUGGUUGCUCAGAUCAGCGCCCCCCAGUCCAACAAGGAGCGGCUGAAGAACAUGGCCCUGGCCAUCGCCGAACGUUACCGGACCCACGGCGUCGCCGGGGAGAAGUCCGUGGACAGCACCUUCUACCUGCUGUUGGACCUGACGACGUUCUUCGACGAGUAUCACGCAGGCCACAUCGACCGCGCGUAUGACGUGAUGGAGAGGCUCAAGCUGGUCCCUCUCAGUCAGGACAGCGUAGAGGAGCGGGUGGCGGCCUUCCGGAACUUCAGCGACGAGGUGCGGCAUAACCUGUCGGAGGUUCUCCUGGCCACCAUGAACAUCCUGUUCACGCAGUACAAGCGCCUGAAGGGGGCGCCGACGGGCACCCCGGGCCGACCGCAGCGCUCCAUGGAGGACCAGGAUUUGCAGCUGCGCAGUCAGGCCCGGGCGCUGAUCACGUUCGCCGGGAUGAUCCCCUUCCGCAUGGCGGGGGACACCAACGCCCGGCUGGUCCAGAUGGAAGUCUUAAUGAACUGACCAAUCGUCAGCCAGCACCGCCUCCCCAAGCCCCUCAACCCACCCCCCUCUCCCAUCCUCAAGCAUCUACCACUGCCCCCCCCCCCCAUGCCCCCCCAUUCAUGUUGUGUUUCUCUGUUCUCCUUUAUAUUUGUAUUUUUCAUACGUUUGAAAUAAUAAUAAAAAAAGAAAUUAAGUUUACUUUUCCUUUUGGUUUGCUUGUUUUCUUUUUUUAAAUCACAUUCUGUUGUUUACUUGUCAGUGUUUUUCCUUUCCCCCCGUCUCAGUUUGUGUUCUUGUCCUGUGAAUGCAAUUGAAAUUCAUUUUUAAGUAGCACUCUCAGUUAAGAUGUCUUUUUCCCAGAAAUGCUGAGUCAUCAUAAUUGCAUCACUCUAUUUGUGUGUUUACACACUGCCUUAUUUAAUGUUUCACAUCACCCAUUUGGCUUAUUUAGAUUGCUAGCUUUUUUUUCUCAGACUGUUGAGGUAAUAUAAAACAGUCAUGUCCCAUAUGGGAUUUUAUUCUGUAGGAUUGCAAGCUUAGUGCUGUGUUUACACCUCAAUGCUAUGCUCAUCACAGGAUUUGAAUAAGCCAACUAAGAUGGUUUUCACCCAUAUGGGGAAAACCACAUGCUAGUUAACCAUGUGGCCAGGAGAUGGCACUGUUGCAAUUCUAAGAUGGAUAUAUUAAAGACCUCUGUGUGAGUUAGUGGUAGGUGAUGUGACCUCAAAAGGUGUGGAGUUGGUUCUGUACCUUUAAGAGCCAUUAGUGUCUGCUAGUGAUGGCCCUCUGGGCGUUGCAAUGUUACGAGUGGCCGACUGGAUUUUUACUUUUUUUUUUCCUGAAGCCAGGAAGCAAGUCCUUCUCCUGCUCAAACGUGCUCACUACAAAGGCACUUCAAAAUCGCUUUAGUGGAAGGCUUAACACAGGAACUGAUGUUUGUGGGUUGAAAUUGCAGGUGGAGCCCUGCUGAGUGAAGCACACUUACCUCAGUUGCUCAGGCUGUCUCAAAUGGCUCCCUAUUCCCUAUUAAGAUAGUGCCCAUCUUGAGCUUGUCCUGGUAAUGCUCUCAAAUGGCUCCCUAUUUCCUAAAUAGUGCACUACUAUUCUGUCAGGCAUUUUGUAAUGUGUUCCAUCCUGGAAGAAAUACAGGACCGUACUAGGUAGUACAGGAUAUAUAAAUAUUUCAACUGGUAAAUUACUGUAAAUACAGGCUUUGGUCGAGGACUCAUAUCGUAAUGCCCUGUUGGCAGCAGUGCUCUCAGUAGGCCAUUACCGCAGGAAGCAGGCUGUUGUCGAAAAGGGAAAGCACAACUUCUCAGCAAAACGGCAAAUUUAGAUCAUUUUAGUUGAAUGUAUGGUUGGCUAGAGUUUAGGAGUGCCACCCAUUUCCUUUACAAUGCAAGUGCCCAGCUUGAGCUUUCCCUGGUGACGCUCUCCAUCUGUUAACCCCCCAAGAAUGAUCUCAGCCCAUUGGCCGCAUCAAAGCAGGAGGCUGGGCUGUGAUUGGCCGGGUUCUCCCAAUUAGGACAGUGAGUCUCCAAGACGACGGGCCUGUGGGACCCGCCCUCCCUCCCUUUUCUCUCUUUCCCACUCCCUGCAUGGCACACCUCAUGUCCACUUCCCCUGUAACUGUAACACAAUAAAAUGUUUCAUGUUAAUACAACUCUUAACAGAGUACAUGAAUCCUGUAGGGCCCAUACGUAUUCUGUAAGACUUGGUUUAACAUGGAACAUUUCACUGUGAGCGUUUGACAGGUUUUGUUUUCCAUAUUCUAUACCUCAGAAAGUAAAUUGGUGGUAAGUGGGGGGGAGGGGUUCUGGCAGUUAAUCAUUAGUUAAUUUGCCCCAUGGGCAUAGGAUUGCUAAGUCUGUCCUAUGCAGCUUGCAAUAAAUGGACGCUUCCAAAGGAUAGAAAUGGAGCAAGACUAAAAUCCAGCUUCGAUGGCAUGAUUCUAUGCACGUGAUGAAAGGACGUCAUACUAAAGUCUCCCCUACAUUUGCAUAAUUUAGGAGUGGUCUUAAACAUGCCAAAGAGAAAGGUACACAUCAAUCUAGUAGUUCUGUACCUGCCCACCCGAUGGGUAAUGUUUUUGGGGUCGCACCAUGCAAAUUUGCAAUGGUCACCGAUCCACCGGUCACCGAUUCUUAUCUACUUUAUUGUUCAAGCUUUCACUGUACUUGUGAUAUCAAGCUCUAUCUUCACUUUAACUAUAAGGAAAUCUGUACAGCCUUUUCCGGACUGUAGAUCAUUGGGACACUGUUGCCCUGCGGUUGUGUUAAUAAAGAAGGUGGUUUUGGCGCAGUUUUGGAACAAAUCUGAUCAAGCUGCUUUGUUGCCCUCCCCCUUUUAGCCCCGCCCCUUAAAAUUGCCUGUGAUUCACACUACCACACCCAACACAUAGACACAUACUGAAUACUCUGCUGCUCAUUGCCAUGGAGACCCAGCCCUGAGAAAGCACUAAUCCCCCCCCCCCUCCUCGCCCCAAACUACUGUUCCUAUAGAAAUCAAAUCUGAAGUUUGGGAACAGGAUAUGCUCUGGGCUUUUGCUGCCAUGGAGACCAGCCAAGUGUGCCGCCCACAUGCUGUCGUGGAGAUUAAAGUGAAGUUUUGUGGCCGUUUAUGCUCAUCUGCUUCGUUCUCCUGGAACUUCAGAAGAGGAUAUGUUUUCUCCAUGCCCCACGUCGCCAUGGAGACGCAACGGGCAUGGGUGCCGCAGCUGGUGUUGUGAAUCAGGCCGAUGCCGCACGACUGCUAGAACCCGGCUAUUUCACAACACCAGGGUGGCACCGUGCCACUGCCAACGGGUCUCCAGGGCCGCAGGACAUCACCGUGACAACCACAGUGCCUCUUUGUCUUCUGUGUCGUUUAUUGCUUCCAAUUGUUUUCUGGUGUUAUUUUGUCAGUUUUGCCGUUAUGUAUUACAUGAAAAAAACUCUUAUUCUUCAACUUUUGUUUCAAUAAACACUUUUUUAAUCUGUU